CGGUGGGAACAUUUCUGAAUUAUUUGGACACAAACACAGUUUUUCUCGGGGACAUAUUGUUUUUAAAAAUUGUUUUGGGAGUUUAAAUACUAUUAGUAAAAUAUUAGUAUACAUUUUUAAAUUUCUUCAACAUUUUUGUAAGAAUUUGUGGAUGACCGGUGUCGCCAUCUACCGGUGAGAACCUUAAAAUUAUUUGGUUUUUCAUCGGCGAAACUUUCUCUUUCUGAAACAUUUUCUUGGAGUUCAUAAUAGUUCGUUAACAUAUAUUUCUAUAUUUCUUUUUAAGGAUUGAUUUCCAGUGGCGCCAUCUAUCGGUGGGGACCCUAGCUGGCUUGGUUUUGCAUCGGCUCAACUUCCCCUUUGGCGGAGCUUUUGCCGCUGUUAUCCUUGGCGCAUUCAACAGGCCUGUAAGCGGCGCUGUUCAGGACACAGCAACUUGUUGUCCUGCCGCUGUUAAGGAUUCGAAUCGCCCAUUCAAACUCAUUCGUCGAAAGACUCUCGUGCGGUUCGGUUCUCAGCCUCUGAAUUCAGCAGCCCAAGUCACAGUCGCAAGUCACUGGUCACUGGUUUAUGGUCACUGGUCUCUGGUCACAGAUCACCAUCGCACAGCCUCUGCUUCAGUAUCCGGUUUUCGAACAUUUUCGAAAGUGCUGAACAUUUUUUUUUUGGUUUUUGUGCUAAGCUAAGAAUCGGAGAAAUAUUUGCUUAGAGCUUUGGUGAGCCAAAAACGUUUUGAAUACCGUUUUUCAAUUCAAGAAACGACCGAGCCGAAGUGAAAGUGUGUGUGGCAAGUAUUUGAAUCCCAUUUGCGUUCCGAAUCGGAGAAGGAUUUAGUGGAGAAAGCUUAAGAGACAGAGAAAACACCGCAGUCAAAGAACCAUGCGUCGCUCCUCGUUCACGCCCGUCUUCAACCUGAGCACCCAGGAGCCGCUGAUCGUGGUGGAGGAGUCGCACACCGCCGAGGACGGCGACGAGCUCGAGGGGGCGGCCGGGGGCUGCGACCCCACCGCCGCCGGCACCCGGCGCUCCAAUAGCGACGACUCCGAGCCGGACUCGCCGGUGAACCCCUACCUGCUCUGCCCCUUCCCCGACAUGCAGCAGCGGCGCAAGCACUCGCUGCCCUCGCUCCAGAUCACCGAGGGCAUCACCGCCAGCCAGGUGCGCCGCCUGUCCGAGGUGGGCGGCGAGACCGGCGGGCUGAGUCCCAAGGAGGUCGAGUUCCUGGCCACGCUCUCGCAGAAGGCCAAUCCCUCGGCCGGCGGACGCCGCCACUCGGUGGUGACCAUCUCGGCGGUGCCGCCCACGCUCUUCGGCCGCAACCGCCGCGAGUCCAUUUCCGGAGUAUCCUUCAGUGGCAGUCGCCGGGGCAGCGUGAUCGCCGGGCCGCCGCUGACCGACCACCGCGGCAGCGUGCACAACUUGCAGCUGGACAUCAUGGACGGCAUCGUGCAGCAGCGGAAGACGCGCAGCGGCAGCGGCGUCUGGACCGCGCCCGUGCUGCAGGAGGCGGACAGCAAUGUGCCCGUGCAGACAUAAGCGGCGCAAGGACACGCAGGACCUGGGGGUGAGUGCAGGGGUGGAGGGGUGGACGAGCCGCGGACUGCUGGAAUCUCUGGCAUUUGCGGCUCGCGGCAGGAUGAUGGCUGGACGUACGGAUGGAUUGCGUGGACGUGGACACUGGGCAAUGCAAACAGACGCCCGGAUACGCCGCCACUCGAACUGCACUGGACCUUUAUUAACAUUCCGUGUGUUUGCCACCCAACCCCCACCCCCCUGCCGAUUUUCCGCCGGGAAAUUGCUUUUCGCGGCUGCCGCAUGAAGCAAACAAACAAACCACAAAACCACACGAAAAAAGGAGGAGUUCACACGAAAAUGGCAAGGAAUGGUGGGCGGGGUGCAGAAACAGAAAACAGAAAACAGAAAACAGAAAAAUAAGCAAAAAUUACACAAAAAACAAAAAGAGAAAAUAGAAAACUUCGAAAACGAAAACUGCAGUUGCAAACACAAAAGAGCGCGCUGGCGAGCAGAGUUUAAGAUGAGGAGAAAUGCGGGAACAGAAAAAUAGAGUUGGUUAAGCGGAAAAACAGAGGGGAAAGCACCGGUACAGCGCAGCGCGACCAUUUUGAUUGCCAGCAAUUUCGGCUAACACCUGCGCCAUGUGCCACGCCCACACCCACCCCCACGCCCACAACCCCAGCGCCCACAAUUACGACUUAAAAAUUGCCACCCCGUGCAAGGAUAAUUGCAAACAACAUUUAACAGGAGUGUUUGAGAAGAAGGACAAUGGAAACCGGACGACAGCAAGACAGCGCAACUCGAAGCCCUUCCCCGAAAAAUGAAAUAAUUCCCGAGCGGUCAAAAAGGAGCAAUCAACCAAAGUUCCACCACCAAUUUAAAGGCAAAAUACAACUCUAUGUAAUCACUUUAUAACAAAACAUUAAAUUAAAUCAAUAUAUUGUAUAUUCAGGAAUUGAUAAAUUAGUGAAUAACUAGCGCAAAUCGAAGGAAACGGAAAGGCGACUUAACUAUUUACCUAGGACCUAGUUACUCCUCAUUUUUUGGAUGUUGUGUAGAUGUGUGAACCAACCACCGCAUGGAAGAAGAAACCACCAAUGAAGACACUAAGAUACAAGCCCACAGACUAUUUAUCUACAGAGCAGAAGAAUCCCACUCGAUUAGGAUGUGGAAACCCUCAGGUGCUUUCGAUCUAGCUCGCCGUUCCAUUUUUCACUUUCACUCCAACACUUGCCAUUGCAAUUUCUAAGCCCAUUGACCCAACCAGCAAGUGCAAUCGAAAUCCAAGAGAGUUGACAAAUGUACCAUGUACCUAAAGUAGAACGAGGAACCCCACAGAGCUAAAUGGAAAAUGAAAAUAAAAUCCCUAGGCUAAGCGAAACGAGCAAACGAUUUGUCGCCCAGCUGCAAUGAAACAAAGUGGAAAAUCAACUAUUUUUGAACUGGGCUUGCUGCUUGCCCAGCCCAGCAGGUCAGCCAGCCCCUAGUUCGAGCAGCCAACCCCGAGAUCCGAAAUCCGAAGCCACAAUUAAAGUAAUAUUACGUAGCGCUAAAACGCGAGAACUUGAGGAUCUCAUCAGUUCUAUUUCGCUGUUUUGGGGCAACGCAGGGCCAUCCAAUGAAAGCAAGUAUUUGGGGGCAGGUUUGGGGGAUUCGAAAUCACUGAAAAUAUUCCAGUAGAUACAUUUGUUGUUGUUAAAUAACUCUAUUAUUUCACUAAUUUAACACUGGAGUAUUUAUUUUGAGGAAACCUGACCAGAAUAGUGUUUUGUUUUGCUGGCCAGCACCCAAUUCAGGACCCCCUUUUCAGGGAUUUUAAAACGUUAUUCUAACACCACAUCUUUGGUGAUUUCGAAGCCCCCAGAUUGACUUUGGAAACUUUCCCCGCCCGAGUAAAGUUACCCGAAACCAAGAACGGAAAUUCGAAUUGAAGAGGUCAGCAAGCUCUCGAGUCGACGCAGUUUUCCUUCAUAUAAGUCUCGGUGUUGUUAUUGCUUAUAGAGUACACACAUAACAUAGGCCAAAGCCUCGUCAUCAUAAUAAUAUUCGGAAUGUACAUAACAAAAUACUGGAAUUACUCAGUCUUCGUGCUCGAGAUUGCGCCUUCUUAGCACUCAAAACAGAAAACUUUCCAAUAUUACGGAGGAGGGAGGCGAACAUUGAAAAACACCUUGCAAGAAAAGCCCUUCCCUUAUUUUGGCCUGGAAAAUGUCGCUGGACGACGAAGGAAAAAUAAAAGGAGAAAAGGAGACGUGUGUAAAACAAAACUAGACAAUUUUUUUAUUAUUAAACAUAGUCAAGGAUAAUCAACACGAGGCAUGCGAAGGUGGGCCGCAGUGGGCGAAAUGAUUAUGAGCAACCGCGGAUGUAAGAGAUAUAUUUAUAGAAGUGAACUAUAUGUAUACAUACGACAGAUUGAUUAUAUGAUUAUAUAGUAACUUAUUGUCACAACGCAAGAGCAAUCAAUGUUUAACUUUAUUAAAUGUUACAAAGAGUUUUAAAUACUAAAUAUGCCUAAAGAAAUACAUACAGAUAUGCCUAUGUAUGCAGAUUAUAUUCUAUACAUAUAAUUUGUAGGUGAAGCUAAGAAUAAAAUACUAGACGUACUCGUAGUUUGCCAAAAAUUCGGAGGUGAUUGGAGCGAAUUGUGUCAGCCAAUACAGCAGGUUUAGCCAACUUAUUUGCCCAAGAGUUCUCAAGAGCCCCACGGAAGUGCAUCUGUAAAUCUAUUGUAUCCGCCAGAUAAAUAAGCUAGCAUUAACUGCAACCCAGAAAAUCCAGAAGACAAAGGCCUACACAGGCACUCCCCGGCUGGCACUCCUCGUCAUUUUUUUAUUAGCAUUCAUUUGGGAAUCGUUAACUUGUGUCCUAGCAAUAAUGAUUAAAUACAAGCAAAAUGUGUGUGUCGCUCUGUCUCUGUCUCUAUUGUGUUUGAGAUUACUCGCAUCUUAUAAUGAAUAUUAUUACUAAACUAAGGCGAGGCCAUGGGGAGAAGUGAGCGGCAACAGCGGAGGAAGCGCAGAACGGAAUCCACGGCGGAAAUUAAAAUUACUAAUUAAAACGAUUACUUACAGUAGACCUAAGAAUACAAAGAUUAAAUAAAGAAAACGAUUUCCUUAAAAAUAAA